AUGGCCACGGCAAAUGACAGGGCUGUCCUGCAGACCAUCUUUAACCCCAGCACCCCUUUUGGGGAUAUCCCUGGGCUGGACGACGAGGAGGAGGAGGAGGCCCAGGAGGAAGGGGAAGCCUUCGCACCGGAGCUGCUGGAGCAGGUCCGGGACCUGGAGCUGCAGGGCGUCUCUGCCGCCGAGUCAGGAGAUGUGAGCACGGCCCUGGAGCGGUUCAGCGAGGCCAUACGCCUGCUGCCCGAGCGCGCCUCGGGCUACAACAACCGGGCCCAGGCCCUGCGGCUGCGGGGGGAUGUGGCAGGCGCCCUGCGGGACCUGGACGUGGCCAUUCGCCUGAGCCGGGGCUGUGGCCACGCUGCCUGCCAAAGCUUCGUGCAACGCGGCUUGAUCCACCAGCUGCAAGCCCGCCAGGAGGAUGCCCGGCGGGACUUCGAGCGAGCAGCGCGACUGGGCAGCGCCUUUGCCCGGCGGCAGCUGGUGCUGCUGAACCCCUACUCGGCGCUCUGCAACCAGAUGCUCUGCGAGAUGCUGGGGCGGCUGCGCAACCCUGGUGGCACCGGGAACGAGUGA